AUGGCAUCUGGCCGACGCUCACUCGCUCAGCAGCUGGCAGAGCUGGAAGACCCGACUCCAAUAGAAAUCGAUCCAGACGAGGAGUAUGUCACAAAGACACGUGAUGAAGACGAAAACUCGUCGCAGGACGACGCACUAGAGGUCAAUGGCCGUGCUCACUAUAUCGAUGUGGGACGUUCAAAGCUAAGAGGACUGCACGAAAGCCUCAACGAUCCAAAAUACGCCGGACAAAAGAUUACUCACGAGCUAGGCCAAGAAGAUACUGCUAGUGAAGAAGAGACCUCAGAAGAGGAAGAAUCUUCAGAAGAUGAUAAUAUGGUUCGAGAAGACGAGCCCGCUCGGUCUGAAGAAACCGACGAGGAGAGUGAUCCAAUGGAGGACAAUGGGGACUUGAACAACGUCUUGAAACAAGCACGAGACGCGGACCGUCUCAAAGGAAAAGCCAUCUCCCGUCAGAUUGAUGUCUGGGAUGCUCUUCUUGACGCUCGUAUCCGCAUUCAAAAGGCAUCUUCUACAUGUAACACUCUUCCUACGCAUGCCGAUUUACAAACCCUACUGCAUAGCGAAAAGGCUCAAAAGGCAGUGGAGAGCUUUCUAAAGGAAACUAUUCAUCUGUCAAAUGAGCUUGUCGAGCUGCAAGAGACGCUCAUCGAAUCUGGGCCUGUCGUCAACCUAGACAGAGAUGCGGAACCGCCGAGAAAGAAGCGGAAGGUUGAAAACGGCCUCCAGUGCUUGGCAACGGACCUCAAGGCCGCAUCCAAAGACUUGACCGUCUUUGAGCAGCAGUAUCAUCCUUACUUGCUUGCUACUCUCCAAAAGUGGUCCGCCAAGAUUCAGGCUGUCAACCCCUCGGCUCUCCUCCCGUCGUCGCGCAAUGCGUUCCGGACCAACAGGAAUGCUCAUCUAAAACCCAUCAAUGACCUUAUACAAGAAUCGCUGAGCGACCACUCCCGCCUCGUAUCGCGCACCCGUGUGCGAAGAGGCCCACCUCGAAUGAACGCUGGCCAGGAGAUAGACACUGACGUCGAGGGCAAAACGUUAGGAAAGGAUGAUUUGGAGCUGUUCGAUGACACGGAUUUCUAUCAGCAAUUGCUCCGAGAUGUGAUAGAAGGCCAGACUGCCAAUGCCAGUGGCGAGACCAAUCUCGAUGCGCGGCCCAAGAAGGUCAAGAAGCUGGUCGAUACUCGUGCGAGCAAGGGCCGGAAGCUAAGGUACGAGGUGCACGAAAAGAUUCAAAACUUUAUGGUGCCUAUUCCGCUAAUCUCGGAUGGUUGGCACGAAGAAAAGAUUGACGAUCUCUUUUCUUCGCUGCUCGGAAACGGCAUUGGUGACGGGCAGGAAAAGCAAGCAGUCGGGAUGGCUAUACGAGAUGGUUUCAGGAUUUUUGGGUGA